ACUAAUAAUGAGAAUGGCUGUCGAUACACAUGUCAUUGCUGCUCUACGAAUUGACGCAAAUAUAAACGAAUCGAAAAGGAGCAUAUUUUGACAGAUUCCAACGUCAACAAAUCGGUGCUGCAAACCAGUGAAUGCGGAAGUGUCAGACGCGGAAGUAAAGCCAAAUAUAAAGGCACGAGCUUAAAGUUACUGGCUGCAGCAUGUACAAGAGGCUUUUGCAAUAGAUGCACGUCUGGUAGACAGCCAUUUGUAAUUCCAUACAUUUGAUCUCACAAAUUAGUUGUGAAAGCCGUGUGCAAAUAUCAUGUCGUCAACUGGAGAGACUUUACUACGGGCGGUGGAGACUCCGCUCUUCUGGAUAGGCGCGUUGACUGCGGCCUAUUUCUCAGUGUGCUCCGUAUGUCGUUUGCUGUCAGGGCUCAGAGUUUGGGUGCUGGGGAAUGGACGGGUGGUAUCACCUGCUAAACUCGGAAAAUGGGCAGUUGUGACAGGAGCCACGGAUGGAAUCGGGAAAGCCUAUGCGGAGGAGCUGGCUCGGAGGGGAUUUUCCAUUGUGCUAAUCAGCCGCACCCAGGAGAAACUGGAUGAUGUGGCCAAGUCCAUCGAGAGCAAAUAUGGAGUUGAGACCAAAUCCAUCGCUGUAGAUUUCAGUGCGACGGACAUAUAUCCCAAGAUUGAAGCUGGACUGACCGGGCUAGAGAUUGGCGUUCUGGUAAAUAAUGUGGGAAUGUCCUACUCCUAUCCGGAAUUCUUCCUCAACGUUCCCAACCUGGAUAGUUUCAUCGACACAAUGGUGAACAUCAACAUCACGUCUGUUUGCCAGAUGACCCGUAUGGUGCUACCUGGGAUGGUAGAGAGGAAAAAGGGGGCAAUCCUCAACAUCUCUUCUGCCAGUGGGAUGUACCCUUGUCCCCUCCUCACGGUCUACUCUGCCUCGAAGGCUUUUGUGGACUUCUUCUCCCGAGGGCUAGAGGCUGAGUACAAGAGCAAAGGGAUCCUCAUCCAGAGUGUCCUGCCAUUCUUUGUGGCCACCAAGCUGAGUAAGAUCCGGCGAGCCACACUGGACAAGCCCAACCCUGACCGCUAUGUGGCCGCGGAGCUCAACACGGUGGGGCUGCAGAGCCAGACCAACGGCUACCUGCCUCACGCAGUCAUGGGCUGGCUGACCACUGUGCUGUGCCCUGCCAGGCUCCUGAACAGCUACAUCAUGGGGCUACACCUGGGGAUGCGCUCACGCUACCUGAAGAAACAGAAACAGGGCUAGAGGUACGAUCAGGGGAAAGGAGGGGCAGGUGUGGAGAGAAAGGGGACCAACACGAAUCCACCUGCUCCGUUCUUCCAUACCCCUCACAGACCAGGCACAGGGCUGGCAGACUGCUAGUGUGUUGAAUUUAGUCUACAGUAUUCUCUGGCUUGGCUAAUCAGCUCGGAGGAACAUCCUGGAGUUGAAGCAUUGACCAGGCACUUAAACAUAAUGCACUAAGUUCAAUUAAACUGUUGAAUUUUUUCUUCUUGUGGACAGGUAUUAGGAGCUGUGCUUGUGGAGCGACCACUUCAAAAAACAAUACUAGUUGGACAGGUAUUAGGAGCUGUGCUUGUGGAGCGACCACUUCAAAAAACAAUACUAGUUGGACAGGUAUUAGGAGCUGUGCUUGUGGAGCGACCACUUCAAAAAACAAUAUAAUACUAUAAUACUAGUUGCAACUUUAUUCCUUCCAAAUGUUUUGUUGUUGGAGUCGUGUUGAACUCAGAAAAAAAACAAAUAUUGAAAGAAAUGGAUUUGAGUCAAUCUGAAACGGCAAAGGGCAGGAAAAUGGCUGUUCUCCCUGGAUUGUAUUUACAAUGAAAAAGGUUGUUGUGUACAAAUCAUGUAUUAAUGAACCUACAAAAGGGAGACUAAAGAGACCUAGUUAACAGAACGGUUCCUGUUUGCAUACUGGUUGGAUUGAUGUCCCGUUUUGAAGAAGGUUGUGUCUGCUAGCAUGUCAGUAUGGUAGGUAGUUAACACACUAGGGAAUGGGUUGAGUUAACCCGGUCUUGUUUGGACUGACUGGUUGGUCUUCAAUACAGAAGGGACACUACAAGCCAUUCUCUGGUCAUCAAGGCAGUGUCUCAACAACAACAACAAAAAGUAGAUACAAGCUGUUAAACAGUUCAGGCCAUUUUACUGUUGAACCAAAUGCCUUGUCCAACUGUUUUGUUCUGGUUAAUUUCUAUCAAGCAGUCAGUGGUCCGUUAACAGAUGUUUCUUAACAUGCUUCACACGCUGUCUGUUUUUUCAACUCUAAGCAUUUUGUUGUACAUCUUAAUGCCACUGUUAUCUUACUCUAUGAGCUCACCAAGGUGACACAUUAAUAUUGUCUUCUGUUAUUUGGUUAAUGAAAGCUUGGCCUUUGAUUUGCUUUUACAUGCAUUUAAGGUCUUUAACAUUGUGGGAAUUUGUAAGGUUUGGUCGAGAGCUUGUGUAUAUUCCCAGUCUGUCAUGCUGGCCUCAAUAAAACACUGUUCAACCAUCUCUCUGGCAUGUUCCCAGUCUGUCAUGCUGGCCUCAAUAAAACACUGUUCAACCAUC